GCAAUCAUUUCUCCUUCUCUCUUUCUUUCUUUCAUUCUUGCAGCCAUUGAGAACUACUGUGUGAACUGUGAUUGGUUACAGCUUGUCACAUGGUACAAGGCUGUUGUGAAUAGCCUUGUACCAUGUGACCUCUGUGAUCAUUCACAGAUUUCACACGUAGUAAGCAAUGAUGUCAGAAGUGACAUCUUGCUUACUACUCUUCAUGUGAUCACUGAUUGGCCAAUCAGUGAUCACAUGAUCGGGACCUCACACAGAGGUCCUGUACAACGAUCUGUGUUCCACUGUGUCCGGAGGACACAGCGGGCACCGGAUUGCGGUGCUGUGCGCUCCAAGGGAGCGUGCACAAGCAGGGGGCGGGGAGGCCGUUUAUAAAUGGCCACCCGCCCCUGCACGGCCACCGUCCGGCCGUUUAUAUACAACGGGCGGACGGGAAGUGGUUAA